UCCACCUAUUCUAAGCAGCAGCGCCGUUCUGCAUCGGAUAUCGGCUUUGGGAACAAGUCGCCCCUUCUCUCUUCCGGCAGAAAACGUGCCAGUCGACUGGGCCUCAAGAAAAUCAAGAAAUCACAAGUGCUCAACGGAACUCGACUCUGGAACGGGCUCGAUGAUUCAGGACAUGAGAACGCCUGGACAGUAACGAUAUUGUAG